GCCUGCACAUAUCGAUUGCUUUUUGUUGUUGUAAAAUUGUAAAAUAAAAACCAUUUGCAAAUUUUGCCUUAAAAAACGAAUAAAACCAGCUUUUGGCGAACUUAAGGGCCGCAGCGACCAGCGAACGCGCAGGACACAGUAUUAUUCAGCACUCGAGGGCAGCGGAGAGGAGGAAGCGAGCGCAGGACAGCCGGGAAACGCGGAAAACACUUGGCGGCUUUUCGCGAGACGCCGACUUCCGCAGAGGAAAAGCGAGGAAAGCGAGGAAAACCGAGGAAAAGCAGACAUGUCGCGAAGCGUGCGGGCGGAGACGCGCAGCCGGGCGAAGGAUGACAUCAAGCGGGUGAUGCAGGCGGUGGACAAGGUGCGCCACUGGGAGAAGAAGUGGGUGACCAUCAGCGACACCACGAUGAAGAUCUACAAAUGGGUGCCCAUCGCCUCGGCCAGCGAGAAGAAGUCCAAGCUGGAGGCGUCGCCGAACUCUGCGGCCAACCGCCGUCCGCCCACCGGCUCGCAGGGGGGCGUGGCGCCCGUCGGCGGCGGCGGCGGCGGCGGAGGCAGCGGCAGCAAGAGCGACAAGGAGAACUCGCAGAAGGGCACGCCCACGCCGCCCCAAAUCACGCCCAGCUACCAGGGACUCACCGCCGAGGACUCCAACACCUGUUUCUCCGUCGUGUCCGACAGCCAGGGCGCCGACUUCGUGUCGAGCAUGCCCUUCUCCGAGGACUCGAACUCGCAGGGCAGCGAUGGACCCGUGAAGCGGCUGAAGACGAGCGACUAGCCAAACAUUCGCAGCCACAGCGCCUACAGCAGCAGCAGCAACUAACUAAGAGCCCUAGUUAAGUUAGAUUAGCACCGACAGCAGC